GUCAACCCCGCCUCGAUUUCACAAUGUCUGAAGCAACGAGGCCAAAGUACGACAAUCUUCCAGGCAUUGACACGGCGCCUGACAUUUAUGAAACGCCAGAACUUGCCGAAGAUGUGUCGACGAUACAAGCCUCCACGGCCGUUUCUGAGUCGGACGCCGACGACGACGACAAUGAAGACGACUCGGCAGUCCGUCACCAGCGCCUGCAACCCGACCAGGCCCGCAGCCGAUUUCAGCCUGCUCGAAUAGACGCGCGGGGUGUUGAUUUCUCAGACAACAUCACGGCGCAACGCCAGUCCUAUCGCACAUCGACACGACGCCAGCGACGGCGGGGCGAGAUAUUAGGCGAUGAUAGCGACGAAGAGGAAGAGGGAUUUGCGAAGAAGCUGCUCAGAAUCAAGCGCGAGCUGGCGACGCUGGAAAGCGAGUACCAGCAGAGAGUGGAGAGCGGGGACAAAUCCAAGAUUGAGGAGCAAGACCCCAAGGAAAUGAUGGAGAUGAUUGCAAGCAAGGUGGACACGAUAUAUGCUGCACACAAAGGCGGCGUGCGGGGUGCACAGGCGAUGCUCGACCGGACAGUGCAAAAGUUUGAUAGCUACAAGCCGUUUGAGCCCAGCCCGAAGCUUAGCAAGGCCAUUGCGAACCAGCCACCGCUGCCGGGAACCCAGGUGCAGAGGAGCCAGCUGGAAUUCGUGCUGAACCAGGCGGCCGAGUUCGACAAGCGCCUCACGCAGAUGGAAGGCAGCCUGGGCCUAAACGGAAACACGAUGCCCGAACUCAACGACCACACGCCCUUCCCGGUCGCGACGACGCUCACGCGGCUGGAGCAGACUCUUGGUCUGAUUAGCGAUGCCGCAUCCAACAACCUGGACACGGUGACACAAAACGUGAAGAAGCUCACGGCAGAGGCAGAGCACUUGAAGGAGGUUCGGCAGGAAGCGGCAGAAGCUGGCGCGGCGUCGAAUGACAGCAAAGCGGCAGGCUACCCGGACCAGGAGGCCAAGAUCAAUGCGCUGUAUGGCACGUUGCCUUCUAUUGACAAGCUGUCGCCCAUGCUACCGCUAGUCCUCGAGCGGCUACGCACAUUGCGACUUGUGCAUACGAGUGCGUGGCAGGCUGAUGAGGUCUUGACGGAGCUGGAGCGGCGGCAGUCGGCGCAGGAGCAAGAGAUUCAGAACUGGGAGCGGCAGUUGGAGAUUUUGGAAAGGGACGUGAAGAAGGCCGAGACGACCAUGGUGAACAACAUCAAGACGGUGGGCGACGACGUCAAGAUGCUCGAGGAGAAGAUGGCCAAGCUGUUCUCGGCGAGCCAGGCAGGCUAGGUGUACACCUCCACCUACAUGUAGGGAGGGGGUGCGCAGCAGACGACGGCGCGAUGCCCGUCCUGGUCUUGCCAUGGCCAGCCACAGGUUUCGUGGCCGUGCGGGAGGCGUGGCCGCAUGCGGUCGCAGGGCGUCGAUCAUGUUCCCAGAGACGCAGCAGUGGCUGCAGAUAGUUAGCAGUGCCCUGUGGCGAUACAAAGGAACACGUUAGCCG